AUGUCAAAGUUAUCUGUGCCAGCUUUGGAAUCGAGCCUGACGACACGCAUCUCAAUGCAAUGGGCAUCAGAGGCACCCUUCGAAACCACCGACACACUGGUGAUAACAGUUGGCGAAUGGUACGUCGAUUUACGAGUCGAUAAACAAACCGGCGAAAUCGAUUGGGCGCUCGCGGGAGAAUGUAUCCAGGAAAGCAAGGACCCACGGCGCGUGGUGUUUACCCAUGAGAUUGAUUCCCACCACAAUUUCAACGUGAGCAACCCUUGUCCAUUCAUCCCGCUUCCAAAUGGAGAUGACCUAGAGACUGGGACCAUGGCUCGGUCCGAUGUACCCGGAGCGCCGAUGACGGAUUAUGAAGAAGUGUGGAGAUAUCUUCCGGUUCGCGAAGGGCAGGAGGGGUCAGGGCGUGGCCGUUCAUGGAUCUUGGAGUCUGAUGAGGGUAUUCUGGAAAAGGGUCAGCACCAAGUUAGCAAAGUGUUUCUAGCGCAAAUUGGGGGCUCGUAUUUGGUUCUUCAUCAGAAGCAAAUCCAUGUGGUUACGCAAACAUCCCUGGGAGAACGGGCUGUUAAAAUCACUGGAGAGGAGGUCAGCGCGCGAAGGGAAGAGUGGACGGAUGGCCACUGGGAGAUAAAAUAUGCCUUGGGACCAAGCAACGAUGGUUUGCCUUCAAUGGCUAGCGGGCUAGAUGUUGAAAUGCGGGGGCGUAAGAGUGGUGAUCAGGUCACCGUUGGAGGCUCCCACUUCAUUGUACGUGCAUAUGCUUCAAAAGCCCCAAGGAAAAUCAGGGAUUCUCGUCUCUAG